AUGGCAGAGUUGCGCAAGCGACUCGAAGUGGAGCAGCGGAACGUAAUAAUUAUGGAAGAGCUACUAGAAGCUAUUCGCAAUCCUUUUUUCAUAGCGUACAUUUCAGUAUUGCUGACAUUUUGUGUGGUAAAUGGAAGCCAGCAGCUCGGUGAUAAAGUGGAACUCGAAUUCCAAGCAUUUCGUCUGCAACAGUACGAAUUAAAUGGAAAUAUUAUUGGCAGCAAGACAUUUCGAGUUCAGUACGAAGCGGUGUCAUUGAAUUCUAAGGCGCUUAGAAGAUGUGUGGUUACAUCUUGGCGUGAGUUGACUGGUCAUACUAACUUGGACGAUUUGUUAGUCAAUAGUGUUGGAGCGUUGCUGAUUAUUAUACCAUCUGAUCUAGAUGCUUUGUCGCCAGCUGACAAGACGUUGUUCUCGGAACUGGAACGCAGACUAGCCGCAGCCCGCACAGAGCUAGCUGUCUACGUCAUCUAUUCAUCACCCGAGGCUAGUGCUAUCCUCAGCGACGUCCAGUCAUCAUCUGGAGUUACAAAGUCGGCAACUCAACAGCUCAUCAAUUCAGUUGCUGCUAACACAUUCCAGUUCACCUCAACUGGUUCACAUUCAUCGAAUGCCCUCACAUAUAAGCCAAAUAAUAUUAUUGGCCGCCUGAGCAGCAUCGACCGUUCUGCUCCGACUAUAGCUUUUGUUGCUCACUAUGACUCACACGCAACUUUUCCUGGUGCUGCUGUAGGUGCAGACUCGAAUGGUAGUGGAGUAGUAGUGCUACUGGAGCUGUUAGCAAUCUUCAGAAAGCUAUACGAGAAACCUACAACAAGGCCACCUUUUAACCUGGUAUUCGUAUGGACUGCAGCGGGGAAAUAUAAUUAUCAAGGAGCCAGGCAGUUUGUAGAAGAUUUUCAAAGCGACAGUUCGGAUGACCACCGCCUUGAGCUAGCGAUUUGUGUUGAGGCUGUGGGCGGCGCUGGACCGCUUCGAAUGCAUGCAUCUAAGCAGCCCGCUGAUGGAUCUGCUGCAGAUCGACUUCUUCGUCGACUUCGAUUGGCAGCACCAAACCAAAGUGUGGAAUUAGUAACGAAAAAAAUUAGCAUGAAUCAGCCGUCUGCAUGGGAGCAUGAGAAAUUCAAUAUCAAACGUCUUCCUGCAGUCACCCUUUCUCGACUGUCGACACAUGACGAUCCUAUUAGAAAGUCUAUGCUCGAUACUCCAAGUCAGCUGAGUUUGGAAGUUCUCGAACAGAACAUACGGACUAUCGCCGAAGCUGUGCUUGGCCAUAUGCUUUCGCUCCCUGAAGGCGGAUACUCCGCAGAUCCGCGGAUAUCUGCUGACACGUCGGUGCUAUCGCGCGAUGCAGUCGAUCGGCAACGUCUAGCGCAUGCGAUUCGGCUGUUCGCAGGUCGUCCACGACCAGUCGCAGAUGAAGCGGCUACCAUGGCGUGUGCAGCGAAUCUGGCCGUUGCUGUAGGGAACCACGCAAAAGUUACUGUGUCACCUGUUUCUAUGCACGAAGUUCAAAUCUGGCCUGGAAUAUCAGAUCGGCUGAUGGCUGAACGGGUGAAACCGGCAGUGUUUGAUCUCGUCAUUGCCGGCGGCGUCUUCGCGUACUUAGCUGCAUUCUAUCACUUGGUCAGCAGAGCUCAGCAUGUGCUCGAAGGUGCUAUGCUCAAGUUAAGAAAACGAGUAUAA